UUUAGGUAUCUAUGAAUUCUAUUUCUAAUUACGCAAUACACUGAGAAUGGUGUUUUCUUAGGAGUGUGGGAAGUGCAAGCCGUAUAGCGUCGCCGGCAUUGGCGGGAGAUGGAGGAAGCCACCGUGUCGUCACCAUCACGCGAGAAGGAGAAAGAUAACGGAACAAUCACCAAUUCGACGCGCCAAUCUUUAAAAUCCGAUUCUCAAUUCAACAAUUACCAACUCUGGAAACAAAAGUUAAGGGAUAAUUGCUUCAAAAGAGUGCGACAAGACAGAACCCGCUUGCUCUGGAAAUGUAGGCUCUCCUCCUCGCCACCAGCCUCUCCAUCACAAAAUCUUCAUCAGGAUCAGUUGGACAUUGAAUUCCGCGAUAUUGUAUCCAAUGAAUUCCAUAAAAUUAUCAAUCGCGAUAAUGACGAUGAGGAUGAUGAUCUGUUAUGGGACGAUCAAAGUCCUCAUACCACGUACGAAGGUGAUGAUUGCCAAGAGAUAUUGCUUGAAAUGCAAAGGAUAUUUUAUGAAGACCUCGAACAACAAGAAACCGCAGUUGAUACUUGGGAAGAUGAAGUGGAUGAUUACUUGGCUCGUGCAGUUUAUGAGCAUAUGGAUCUAAAUGCAGAUAAUACAUGUAGAAAAGAGAUUUGGUGCCCUGUUUGUAAGAAUGGAGAGCUUAAAGACACUCAUAAUCUCAUAUAUUGCACUCGUUGUAAACUUCAACUUACCAAAGCUGAAGAGCUUACUUUGGACUUUUUGCGAGACCGGCUUGCUGAAGUCCAUAUGGAGCAUCUUGACAGAGGUUGCAAAUUAAAGCCCAGAUUUUGUAUAAAGACAAAAUUUAAUUUAACUGCGUUAUACAUUAUGUGUGAAGGUUGUCAAACAUUUGAGAUUGUAAUUUAACAAUUUUGUUAGUAUUUGCUGUAUAGUUAUCAGAGGUUCAACAUAACUCAGGAUUUUUCCCUAUAUUUGUUGUUUGCUUAGUCAUUUUGUUUGAUUUCUAAUAUGCUUUGGGAAAGGUAGCAUUGUUGUAGAAAAUAUAUGGCGAAACUGUAACCCCAAGAAUCCUGAAACGAUAAUGUGUGUCCCUUAACGUUUAAGGGGAUAAAAUGCAACAUAACUUAACAUAUCAAAAAUUGUACUAUACAUUUUCCGCUGCCAUAAGAUGGGUAUAUGAUUUUCUUUGUAAUAAGUACUUAUUACUCUUAAGAUGUAUGUAUUGUAUACUUUGCAACUGGAUAAUAGCAUGGUUAACAUAUUU